AGUUUGCAACCAAAGCUGCCAGUGGGGUUUCCGUGGGGCAGCCAUGGGGCACGGCCUGAUCCUGCUGGGGAUGCUGCUGGUGGCGCUGGGGCCACCCCUGGGGGCCCUCGGAUCAGAGAGGAGACUCCGCACGCCCCCCCCCCAUUUCCUGCACCAGGGGAAGGCCGAGUGCCGCUUCGCCAACGGGAGCGCAGGGGAGGUGCGCUACCUGUACAGGCUCAUCUACGGGCGGCAGGAGUACUUGCGCUUCGACAGCCGCCGCGGCUGGUACGAGGCGGUCACCGAGCUGGGCGAGCCCACAGCCCGAUGUUGGAACAGCCAGAAGGACGCGAUGGAGUACAAAAGGGCCUCGGUGGACUUCUUCUGCCGCCACAACUACGAGGGGUUCGCGAAAGAGCUCGUCAUCAACAGGACAGCUGAGCCCCUGGUGAGGAUCUCGCCCACCAAGGGAGACCCCCUGGCCCACCACACUCUCCUGAUCUGCACCGCGGCAGGAUAUUAUCCCCCUGGGAUUGACAUCAAGUGGCUGAAGAACGGGCAGGAGCAGACACAGGGGGUGGGAUACGAUGAUGAGAUCCAGAACGCAGACUGGACCUUCCAGUACCAGGUGAUGCUGGAGACGGUGCCUCAGCGGGGAGACGUCUACGCCUGCCAGGUGGAGCACAAAAGUGUGAAGGAACCCAUCUCCGUGCAGUGGGAGCCACAGACGUCGGACUCUGCCAAGAGCAAGGUGUGGACGGGGGCCGUGGGGGCCGUUCUGGGGCUGGCCUUUGUGGCCGUGGGGCUUUAUCUGUACCUGAAGAGCAGGAAAGCGACUCCCCUGCCGCCCCCCACAGGGCUCCUCGGUUAACCCUUCCUGCCCCAGGAUCCUGCUGGCUGGAAAAACCUUUCCUACAACCAAGGCCCUCUUUCCUUUCCGCGGAGGAAGCAAAAUGCAUGGAGAAGAGGACUUCUUCCACCCAGCACUGUUCCCCCAAGCUGGCUUGUUCCGUGUUUCUCUGUUACCACGUGUGGGCAGGGAAUCCUCCUGCUAGGGAGUGUGUGUGUGAGACUGUCCCCUCCUUCCUUCCCAGACAGGGGUGCCAACUCCACCCUCGGAUAUUCCUGGGUCUUUGGGGGUGGAUCCUGGGGUGAGUGGAGUUUGGGGAGGAGGGCAGAGCCACUUCAGCAGGACUGAAUGACAUCAAGGUGACCCUCUAAAACAGCCAUUUCCUGCAGGGGGGGCUGGUUUCUGUACUGUGGAUAUCAGUGGUCAUUCCAAGGGAUCUCCAGGCACCACCUGGAGGUUGGCAACCCUCUGUAAACAGCUGCAGAAAUGGGGUGGCCUUCUUCCCACCAGCUGGAAGGCAGGGCUGUGGGGCUGCUGUGGGGCCUUCUCUUUGGGCAAAGGGCUCUUUGUCUUCAGCCUUCAUGCGGAUUUCUCAACCAUCUCACCUGAAGCAGGGUCUGCAUAUGUGGCUCAAUUCCUCUUUUCCUUUCUUUGGGCCAGGCUGCCGCUCAGAUUCCUGCCCUCCUCUCUCGGGAGUCGCUAAGGGCUCCAAAUCCAGCCAGGUCAUUCCUAAAGAGGGGCUGAGAGCGGGUGUGCAAAAUGGAUCAGUGCUUUGUCAAUCUGUAGUUUCCAGAUUUCCUCUUGCUCCUUAACCUGGGCUCACUUUUAUUGGAAGGACCGUCUAAUAAACAUUAGAACAAA